AUUACUGCGUCCCCUUCACAUCGAACUCUUCCCUAUCAGACUCAUCCAAAUUCCUGCCGUGUCAGGUAGUCGACUUCUGGGAUUUGUCUUCUGCUGCGAGCCCAUCUCUCGAACUGCCAUGGGCGACCUCGGUACAGACGAAGGACUGGCAUCGGAGUUUGUGAGGUUUCUCAACCUACAGUUGAAGGAGAGCCGGGACGAGGUUCAUAGGUUGAAGCAGUCGCUAGAGGUACAAUUGUGGUGCUCUGAAGCGAAUUGGGUUAUUUAUCUCUAGAGGCUGCGCUUGAGUCUUCCGUUAUGUUUUGCGCAUAACACAAUUUCAUAUUGACGCACUGACACUAUCUGUAGGAGAACGAUUCCCUCAAGGAGAAGGUAGCCAUCCUCGAAUCUCGUGGUGCCGCACCUCAUGCCAGUCCGCUCCAAAAUGAGUUGCAAUGCCUAAUUAAGGAGCGUGAUGCGGCUCUCGCCCUCGCUGCCAUCCUCCAAGCCGAAGCCAACACCUGGAAGACCAGAUACGAGCAGCUCAAGCCGCAGCUCGCCACAUCCGCAGCGCUGAAUGCGCAGCUUGCGGACACUAUGCGCAACGAGCUAAUUGCAUUCGUGCACGGUCACUCCGCAACGUUUACAUCCACUGCAAGUGGCGGCAUGCAUCGUUGGAGCGAUCCCGCCCAGACGUUCCAUGCAUUCAUUUCAGGCUUACCAGAGACUGCGACACCUGAUGCGCAACAACUCGAAUCCCGAGUGGUCUUCAGAAAUGUCACCAAAUUACCACUGCUCUCGAAGGCAGCCAUAAAAGCAUGCAUCGGCGGCUUUGCGUUCUUCGGAGAUCUUUUGCAGUGGUGCGCGCCACUCUCUCAGCAUGCACUCGUUGUGUUUCCAGAGUACGAGUUCAGCCCCAAGCCUGCAACGGGUGCUACUACAUGGACCAAGCCCUCUACAGCGUGGACGUCGUACGCGGGGCAACAGCGUGAUCUGCUGUAUGUCGACGGUGGUGAUAUCAGCUACGCGGGCACAUUCUUCUGCCAUGGGGGACCGCGGGCCGUGAAGCUGGCCGAACUUGGUGAGAUUGUUGGCGAAGCUAUGUACGAACACCUCGCCCGUCGCACCCUCGUAGCCGACACGAAGAGACCAAAAGAUCGAUCGAACCUGAUCAAGACCUUUGUGCCGUCUCUCACCAAUCUCUACCGCGAAGGCUCAGCGACAGUCCAGGUUCUCGGUCUACAGCGCGUCGGGUUUAACCAGAGUCUGUUCGGGAUCUUGAUCAAGGCGAGCAAGAAGCGCGAGCGUGCGGCCGCUUUGCUCGAACUUCUGGGCGAGACGAGUCCGGUUGGUGAUCCGGGAACGCCGAAGAAGCGUGGCUUGCCAGAAGAGGAUGCUGAGGCGAUGGAGGCCGAGAUAGACAUGCAGGCGGACGGUCGGGGAGGCGAGGGUCCAGGGCCGUCGAAGAUACCUAAGCUGGGUGAGCUCGUGGGGCUGGCGGACACCACUGCAAUGUGGGACAUGUAGCCCAUCUUCGACGGCGAUCCGCGAGGCGAUACUGUACGAACUUGCAGGGCCGUCACUGUGUUCAACGUCACGGUCUUGCAGAAAUCACGUCUGAGACCGAAUUCGAUAAAGAGGGGUCUUCGACUAUGACACGAGGAGUGUCCUUGCACUUUCUAGAUGCCCGGGCCCAGGCUUGUUGCGGCCAUUCCAUUUUGCUCUACUGUGGUAGUAGUUACAUGUGUCUAUGCAAAGAAAA